AUGGCUAACACUGAACUGAUCGUAAAGCAAGGAGAACCAACGCGAGUUCAGCCUGCAGAGGAAACAGAAAAGGGACCUUACUUCCUUUCAAACCUGGACCAGAACAUUGCUGUUCCAGUGCGCACGGUUUAUUGCUUCAAAUCUGCUUCCAGAGGAAACGAGGAUGCUGCACAAGUUAUCAAGGACUCCUUGUCCAAGAUUCUUGUCUCGUAUUACCCCAUGGCAGGGACGUUGGCUAUAAGCUCGGAAGGGAAGUUGAUAGUGCAUAAUCCUGGGGAGGGUGCAAUGUUUGUUGAGGCUGAAGCAAACUGUGACAUCCAAGAGAUAGGGGACUUGACAAAACCAGACCCUCGUACUCUCGGGAAACUCAUUUACAAUGUUCCUGCUGCUUCAAACAUUCUUGAGAUGCCUCUUAUGACUGUUCAGGUGACAAAGUUCAAAUGCGGAGGAUUUACUCUGGGGCUUUGCAUGAACCACUGCAUGAAAGAUGGACUAUGUGCCAUGGAGUUUGUGAAUGCAUGGAGUGAGACAGCACGAGGUUUAGACCUAAAGAUCCCACCAUUUCUUGAUCGAACCAUAAUCAAAGCACGUGACCCUCCCAAAGUAGAGUUCCAACACAACGAAUUUGCAGAAAUAGAAGACGUAUCAAACACUAAAAAGCUUUACGCGGAAGAGAACAUGCUCUACAGAUCCUUCUUCUUCGAUCCUGAGAAGCUCGAUCUGCUUAAGAAAAAGGCCACAGAAGACGGGGUUUUGGGCAACUGCUCCACUUUUGAAGCUCUCUCAGGGCUUGUAUGGAGAGCUCGAACUGCAGCAUUAAGGAUGCAACCUGAUCAACAAACAAAGCUUCUCUUUGCAGUUGAUGGAAGGUCAAGAUUCGUGCCCCCAAUACCAGAAGGGUACUUUGGCAAUGCUAUUGUGUUGACAAAUGCGUUGUGUGAGGCUGGGGAGUUACUGAAGAACCCUUUGUCAUAUUCUGUGGGAUUGAUUCGCAAGGCAAUUGACAUGGUCACAGAUAGUUACAUGAGAUCUGCCAUUGACUAUUUUGAAGUCACAAGAGCUAGACCUUCUCUAACAGCCACCCUUUUGAUCACAACUUGGACUAAGCUGUCUUUCCACACAACUGAUUUUGGCUGGGGUGAACCUCUAUGUUCUGGCCCUGUGACCCUUCCAGAGAAAGAAGUCAUUUUGUUCUUAUCACAUGGUCUGGGAAGGAAAAGCAUAAAUGUUCUUCUGGGUUUGCCUAAGUCUGCCAUGGAAACUUUUGAAUCAUUGAUGAUGCAAGUGUGA